GUCUCAUUUACUUCAAAACAAUUAGAUAUGUUUAAAACACUUCUCAACCCUUAACGAAAAUAAUAAUAAUAAUAAUAAUAUAAUUAUUCAAGCCCCAUCACAUAAAAAGGAAACGUUAGCUUUGUUAUGGCGGGUAUAAAUAACUACUUAAAAUUUCAAACGGAGCGUGGACAUCGCGAUGAUCACCUUGAAAAAGAACAACGGACUGGCGAUGUACCCACCUUUAGUCCUAGAAAACACUUGGGAAGCAGCAUCGAGAAGUCGAUUGUGGAUAAUAUAACUGCCGACCCAGAUGGCAUAACGAGAAUCCAGUAUGUUGAUUCAGACAACGCCUUAUCGCUGCCAUUGGGAAAGCAUAAAGUGCUGGACAAAUAUUCGGAUAAUCAGGAGGAUGAUAUAUCAGUUCGCAAGUAUCUAGUUGUUGGCGUUCAGUGGGUUUCCCUGGUCACCGAGAACCUAUUAGGCCAUCCAUUUGUCGUACUUCGUCGGCAAUGUCAGGUGUAUAAUGCCUCGAGGCGCUAUCACUUGCAUCCCUUUUCACUUCUGCCUAGUAUUGUUCAUCUGCACAGAAGGCAGGGAUUAACUACUCUAUGGAAGGGAGUGGGCAGCUGUCUCCUGGUUCGCGGGAUGACUUUGGCCAUAGAUGACUUUAUCUCGAAAGUAACCAGCUGGCCCAAGGAUGUGAACAGCAGAACAUCCCUGAAGCGAUUCGGUCAGCAUAUUCUACUCAAAUGCAUAAGCAUUGGUUUGGUGGUGCCAUUUCAUGCAGCAUCUCUGGUUGAGACCGUUCAAAGCGAUAUAGCCAGUGAAAAGCCUGGACUCUUCGAUGUCUUUCGGGAGGGAAGUCUGCGACUCUUCUACUGGAGUUCCCCGCAAAAGGGACGAAUGCUUCCGGCCUGGGCCUUAAUUGGGCCAAGUGUUUCCUUUGGCAUUACAAAGUAUCUUUUUAAUUUGGUCAUUAGAGGCGUAUCUUCUCGCAUCAUGCGAAGACGAAUAACGAAUUCCCAAGACAGCCAAGGUGGAAAGUUCUACGACAAUACACUGGAGCACCAAAAUGCAGAAAUAUAUGCUAGUCUCAUUGCUAUACUAACCACUGAAGUCAUAUUCUUCCCCCUCGAAACGAUUAUGCACCGUCUGCAACUUCAAGGGACUCGAACUAUAAUCGACAAUCUCGAUAAUGGCUAUGAUGUCGUCCCCAUUUUGACAAACUAUCAAGGAGUCGUCGACUGUUAUCAAACAACGAUUGUUUCCGAAGGCGUUAGUGGUCUUUACAAAGGAUUUGGAGCAAUGAUCUUGCAAUUUGCGGCACAUGUUGCCGUCAUUAAAUUGGCCAAAUGGGUUGUGAAUCAAAUCGCUGAGGUCAUAUCCAAUCGGCCACCGCAGCGAAUAGUGCAGUACUAUAAUCUUGAUGGAGUCGCUUGCAACUCGAGAUCCACGACGUUGUCGCCAAGCCUUUCAAGCACCGAAAUGGAGGAGAACAGUGUUGGACAGAAUUCACUAGAUUAGUUAAUUGCUAGUCCAAUUAUUAUGCAAAUGUAAAUUAUAUGACACAAUUUAAAUCGAA